AUUAGGUCAUAUGUUUUAGCUUAGCUUCAACAUUUAACUUUUAUGAGAGUUUAGAAAUAAAGGAUGUUAUAUCAUUUUCCUCUUAGUGUUCUUGCCUUACCUUCGCCUUUGUUUCACCUCGACUUCACCUUAUGUUUAUGUUGCAUUGUCGUCGUCGUCUCUCUCUCUCUCUCUCUCUCUGUACCUUAACCGACAACUUGCUCAUGCUACAACCUGUGCAUGCCUCAAUGGCUCAACCGCUCAAGCUAAGCUGCUGACACCUUGAACCACAAUUUCUUAUUCUUCUUCUAUCUUUUCUCUAAUCUCCAACAUCCAACCAAGUGAAGUACUGACUCUUUCUUUCUUUUGGGUUGUGUUUGGUUUGACGGAAAAUAUUUUUCGAUUGUAAAUUCAUUUUAGGCCAAACUAUUUUUCUAAAAAGAAAAUAUUUUCAAGUUUUUGUUCCUGUUUUUCUUAAACUAAGCGUCCACACCUCUCGGAUUGGCUGGGCUUUAGCACACAAGCAUCGGAUGAGUCUAGUGUCCUUGUAAUAGUUUUUUCCAUCCCCUGUUCUGUCUAUGUUGGAACAGAGUAAUACUUUUUGUUUGUAUACUGUUUGGUUAUAUCAAUACAAUUCCUAUCUUUUAUCUCAAAAAACUCUACCCAUGAAAAAUUAACCCAAGUGUGGGUUGGAUUCGAUUAGAUCGAAAUUUAUCGAAUUGGUGGGAUAAGGUUAAAACUUGAAAGCAAGCCCCUUUAAGCCUUCUUCAUAAUAAAACAAAUAAUAGCAACCCCACCUAUUAUUUCUUUAUCCAUUAGUCCCACUUGUGUCUUAGUUGGUUCCUACUCUAUUAUUUUGUCACUUCUGAGUGACUAUGAGCUAAGCAAAUGGUUUUGGAGUCCAAAUACCAGGGCUUUCUCCGAAACUGCUGGCAAAACAAUCUUAGUUUUGCACUCCAUUUCAUCUCCCCACUCACUUCACACGUUAUAUAAGAUCCCAUCCUCACAUCGGACACCACAAAACACAACCAAAAAUCUCUUUUACAUCUUCCUAACAUUUCAAUUUCAAUUUGUUUCAGUUCCAAUUUAAAGCAAGAAAGAAAAGAAUGUGUGCAACAAACAGAGCUUCUUUGAUAGUGGCAGCAAGUAUUGGUGCGGUGGAGGCCUUGAAAGACCAAGGGAUUUGCCGAUGGAAUUAUCCUCUAAGGUCACUUCAACAGCAUGCCAAGAACAAUAUCAGAUCAUACUAUCAGGCCAAGAAACUUGCAGUUCAGUCUUCUUCGGCUAUAUCUAGUAAAGUGAAUCAUGAGAAGCUCAAGCAGUCUGAAGAGUCUUUGAGAAAAGUCAUGUACUUGAGUUGUUGGGGUCCUUAGAUCCCCCCUACACUUCUUGUAAAUAUAUUGCCAAUUUUGAAUGAUAAUAUAAAUUAGUUCAUCCCAAA